CCGCCCAAUUCGAAAGACACAAAAGGAAUAAACACCAUUCUCAUUUUCUCAUUCUCACAAACCAUCAUUCAGAAAAUUCUCUUUUACAACAUCAUCAAACUUCAAACUCUACACUUUCUCUGUGUUUCAACCUCUGAAUCUUUCUUUCUCAUCGAUUCAAUAAUCAAUAAUACUAAUAAUGGGUGGAAAAGUUAAGAUCUGGAAUCCCGUUGAAAUCGCAGAACAAGCUAAGAAUGAUUACGCUUCGCAGAUUUUUCCUUCUCUUCUCUCCAUUGAUCCUUCUCUUUCCCUUCCUCAAAUGACACCUCUCGUCAUUAAUUUGUGCAAGGACAUGUUCAAGACCUGGUCAAGUUUAGGUGAUUCUUGCUUUAAAGUUGAGAAAAUUUCUGGAGGCAUAACAAAUUUAUUACUGAAGGUUUCAGUUAAACAAGGGGACUCUAUUGAUGAUAUUAUAACGGUCAGAUUGUAUGGCCCCAACACCGAGCAUAUCAUUGAUCGCUUUCGAGAAUUGCAGGCCAUCAAAUACAUCACUGCUGCAGGAUUUGGUGCUGAGUGGCUUGGAAUAUUUGGAAAUGGCAUAGUGCAAUCUUUUAUUAAUGCGCAUACUCUUGCUCCAUCAGAUAUGCGAGAACCAAAACUGGUUGCCAAAAUAGCCAAACAACUGCAAAAAUUUCACGGUGUGGAAAUUCCUGGUUCUAAGGAACCCCAAUUAUGGAAUGAUAUCUGGAAGUUUUUUGAGAAAGCAUCUGUUCUAGAAUUUGGUGAUAGUGAAAAGCAAAAGACUUACAAGACAGUUUCAUUCAAGGAAGUUCAUGAUGAAAUUUACGAGCUCCAGGUGUUGAGUGAUCGUCUCAAAUCUCCUGUAAUUUUUUCUCACAAUGACUUGCUUUCUGGAAACAUAAUGAUUAAUCACGAAGAAGAUAAACUUUACUUCAUUGAUUAUGAAUAUGCAUCAUACAACUACAGAGGCUAUGACAUAGGGAAUCACUUUGCAGAAUAUGCUGGUUUUGAAUGUGACUACUCCUUGUACCCAAAUAUGAAUGAACAAUAUCAUUUCUUCAGGCAUUAUUUACAGCCAGACAGACCUCAAGAGGUGUCUGAGAAUGAUCUUAAAACUUUGUAUGUCGAGGUAAAUACAUAUGCACUGGCCUCACACCUUUUCUGGUCUUUGUGGGGGCUAAUUCAGGCAAAGAUGUCCCCAAUAGAUUUUGAUUAUCUUGGUUACUUUUUCCUUCGUUACAACGAGUACAAAAGGCAGAAAGAAAAGCUUGUAUCGAUGGCGCUGUCCUACCUUUUAGAAAGGAAUGAGUAGAGAUAGUUUCUACUUCAUCAAGAUUGUAUGUCAAGUUUGUAGCACGAGACCCUGAUUCACGUAGUUAAAUGUUUCCUGAUAAAACGAUGUAGUUAAAUGUUUGUGUAAAAUAUUUUUUGUAUGCGAUCAUUACGAUCAAGGCAAAUUUAGGCAUUUAGUUUGAGCUCUGGUAGCUCCUCAUUGUUGUAUUGUAAUCCAGAAAAUUAGGCUUUCAAAUCGAUCUAUCAUUCUUUCUAGAUGUAUUGUGGUGAUCUUUACAAAUUUUGAUCUGGUUACUUUUCAUCUCAUUUCCUACUAAAAAAUUCGUAUAUUUU